AUGAAGAGAGAUUGCUCCUCAGAGUCUGGGGAGCAGCUGCAGGAGGACCUGGGGGGUCUCUCCAGUGGCGCCCCUAGGCUGGCACCCUACUUCGGGCCUCAGUCGCCUGUCCAGGAUGAACAGGAAGAUGGCUCCUCUUCAGAAUCAGAAUCAGAAUCAGAAUCAGAGCUGGAGCAGCAGGAGGGUCCCCAGGGGGCCUCUGCCUCAGCCCUGAUGGGAAACCCCAGCCUCUCACCUCGGUCCUCUGGCCACAAGUGGAAGAGGGAGAGCUCUUCAGAGGCCCCUGAGGACAGGAGGGGAGGCCCCCAGUGCUCUGAGGUAGCCCCCCAGGAAUACAUCAGGCUCCCACCUCGCAAGAGGUGGAGGGAGUAUCUGUCCCUGAUGGAAGAGGAGCAGAGAGAACCAUUGCGAUGUCCACGACCUGGGCCUUUUACCCACAUGGGUGUCAGAGAGAAGCCUUGUGGCCUGAAGGGGACCAUGCAGAGGAAGCGCCCGUCCUCAGUGCUGCCCGAGCACCACGCGGCCUUCACCAGGCUGCUGGAGGAUCCAGUCAUCAAGAUAUUCCUGGCCUGGGAUGGAGGCCUGAGGGCCUCUGACAAGUAUCUCCUGGCCAUGGUCAUCGCCUACUUCAGCCGGGCCGGCCUCCUGCCCUGGCAGUACCAGAGGAUCCACUUCUUCCUGGCGCUGUGA